AUGCAUAUUCUCGGGCAUAAUAAUUUAGCUGGGCACGUUGUUGGGAUGAUAACCGGUUACUUAGUAUAUCAUACGCAAGAAAAUGGAAAACCCAUUGGAAAUAAUAAGAUAUUUUCGUUACUCACGUGGCUCAUGUGGUGCGCGUUGCCUGUGAUAAUUUAUGUAUUCUGGUUGGGGAGGAUGUUUUAUGUUGAUGGGUAUGAAGUAUCGCUUGCAUUCAAAUUGCUGUAUGCAGCCACGCAGAGAGUUUUGGCGGGAUCAAUUGCCACGAGUAUAAUUAUUGGACUUGUCUUUAGACUAAAUGGUACUCUGUGCAGCAUAUUAGAGUGGCGUGGCUGGGUGAUUCCUAGCAGACUUUCGUAUGCUGUUUUAUUAGUCCACAUGAACAUCGUUUCUGUAAUUCUUGGAACCAAAACGCAAUUAGGACAUUCAUCACCCUUUUUUGCGGUAAGGAACUUUAAAUUGUAG